AUGUGGAGGCCGUCGGUGCUUCUCUCCUCUUUCACAGAGGCUUCUAUCCUACGAGGAGCGCGUUGUCUCAGUUGCCAGUUUCGCACCGUCUCUCAAAUAAAGCCGUCUCUCCGCUACUAUGCCACCAGCGGCGACGAAAGCUCGCGAGCAACCAAGCCAGCUAUAAGCAAUAAAAUCCAAUUCCAACAAAAUAAAUCUCCAUCAUCUUCCCAUUCCUCCUCGUCUGGUCCCGAACCCGGCGAUGAAGACUUUACACCUCCCACGCUGGACCGGCCAAUCGGGUCCGCGAUUCCGCCACAGGAGGGACAAAAUACCGGAAUCGACUCGCGGAGUAUGAGACAAAGACGAGACGAUUUUGUCAAUUACGAUAGACAUCUUGAGCGACGCAAGGAACUGACGAAACAGGUCGCGAAGCCAUACUUCCGAGAAUGGUCAAAUAUGCGCUAUCACGAAGGCAAGACAUUCAGUUCGAAUACCCGACUGUUCAAACGAGAUAAAUCUCUUUACUUCCCGAACUUGAGUGGCAUUACGUUGGCGUCACCGAAGGAACCACGGGAUACCACGGCGCUAUUCCGGGGCAAAGUGACGGUCGUCAACCUGUUUUCCAGUGUCUGGGCGGAAUCGCAAGUCGCGACAUUUACGGGGCCGAAACAAAAUCCGGGCCUGUAUGAGGUUUUCAAAACCGGUAGCGAUAUCGUUCAAAAAGUCGAUAUCAACGUGGAAGAGAAUGCGAUGAAGGCAUGGCUGAUCCGGAUGUUUAUGUUCCGCAUGCGGGCGAAAUUACCCGAGGAGCAACACAAACGGUAUUUCAUGGUACGCAAAGGUCUUACAGAUAGUCUCAGGGAGUCUAUUGGAAUGAUGAAUAGCAAGGUGGGGUACGUCUACCUCCUGGAUGAGAACUGUCGUAUCCGAUGGGCGGGAAGCGGACCGGCAGAGAAGACCGAGCUGGAGGCCCUCAACAACGGACUGCGCAAACUCCUCCAGGAGAGAAAGAUCAGUAUGGAAUCCGAGUUGCCCGCACAGGAAUGGGAGACGAGAGCCCGGGAUGGAUCCGCAAGCCAAAAACCCAGAGUUGUCAUGAAACAGUGA